AGUUGGAGUUGAUGCUUGAAGAUGAAAUUCAUUCACUCAAUGAUAUAGUGUAAGAUAUACAUUUUAAUUGGACCAGGUUUUCACUUUAACUCUACUAUGUUCUUAGCGCAAAUAAUCGGUCGUUCAUAUGGAGCCCCUUGAGCAGUUGCGGAGUCAAGAUUCUUUCAGAUAUCUUGGAGUAAACGUUUCCAUUACUAUGAUCACUGGAGAAGUUUUGACCGGCGAAUUAUACUGUAUGGAUAUGCAAAAGGGCCAAACAAUUGUCAUUAAGUCAAAGGAUACUCCUGAUUCUUCAUCUAUUCACAUUAUAAGAGCUACAUCGAUAAAAAAAUUCGAGGUGUUUGGUCGCCUGAAUGAAUCGCUCUACGACAUUCCACGCAUAAAUUAUGACGAUCUAGCAUAUUUUAAACCGCUAGUGGUUAAACACAACGAGGAAAAUCACAGCAGACGUAAUCAUUGAUUUUAAAUUAUCUAAAAGAU